AAGGGCGAGAAGGAAAGCCAUUUGCAUCAAAAUCGCUGAAAAAUUCAAUGCAUAAACAUGAAUUGAUGGAAUAUAAAUUGCGCCGCUCCGCUGCAUGACCCACUAUACGCUGAAAGGAAGAGCUGCGAGUGUUUGCUGUCAACGAUUUUUUUAUUUUACAUCCGUCUUUUGCCCUAUAUCUCUCCCAAACGCUUUUUUAGGUAUUCUUCGUGCUGAAAAGUGUUUGGCUGGAAAAUGCAGCCAGGCCUCUGCCAAUUAUUUUUGGUCCUUUAUGGCCUGUGGAUGGUGACGGCGCGUCCUUCUGAGGACGCAGCGGCCGCCGCUCCACCCGACGACUUCCCUUCACUGCCGCCCAUUCUCCACCCUGGCUACUUCAGCCCAGACUACAAAGGAAACAUGAUCCCCGGACUGGUCUCCUCAUGGUCACCGAACGACCCCACAAACGUCUGGGAGCUGUCCGGGCUGAGAGAGGGCGACAUCAUGGAGGACGGGCCCAAGUCGAGGAACGUCGUCAGUGACCCUGAGUCUCUGUGGGCGGACGCGACCAUUCCGUACAUUUUAGAGCCAAUGUUCACCGAUGCUGAGCGUAAAACAAUUAGGGAAGGCAUGGAAAUGAUCCAAAAGGACACAUGCUUCAAAUUCCGUCCAUUCAGAAUCGGAGACAUGGACUUCGUCUACAUACAGGGUGGUCCGACCGGCUGCUGGUCGUACGUUGGGCGUCAGGGUGGCGGGCAGGUCGUCAACCUGCAGAGAGCAGGGUGCGUAUACAAAGGAGUGGUGGCUCACGAGCUGCUGCACGCCGCCGGCUUUUUCCACCAACAAAGCGCCGCCGACAGGGACGAGUAUGUAUUCGUCAACUACACAAACAUUCAGUCAGGACGCGAAAGCAACUUCGACAAAUACAACGAGUCGGUCGUGUCUGAUUUUGGAGUAGGUUACGACUACGGCAGCGUAAUGCACUACAGCAGAAAGGCAUUCUCAAAGAACGGCGAGGACACUCUGGUGCCACUCAAAGAUGGAGCCGAAAUUGGCAACCGAGAUAGCGUCACAGACAAAGACAUGGCCAAGCUGAAGGCAAAGUACGGAUGCAGCGAGGGGAGCGAGGCCACCGAAGCCCCUUCCAACUACGGCAACAUGAUGUUCGAGGCUGGAAACCAACUCCUCUCCCUCUUUGUCUCACCGCCGAAUUAAAAUAAUCUGCAUUUUUUCUAUCGAUUGUCCUUUGUAAAUUUUAUUAAAUGGGCGGUGUGUGCAAAAUGUUUAUGUUCUUAAAUCUCUUAUAGGAAUAAAAAGGUUUAAUAGAAAAUGAA